AUGAGCGCCGACACAUUAGUGGCCCACUCGGGCUUGGCGUGUAAUGCUAUCAUCAAUGCGACGACGACAGCAAAAGAUGAGAGCAUUACUCGUCCACCACCAGUACUGACGCGCCCCCAGUCUUUACCUGCUACUUCUACAGAGGCGAUAGAUACCCACGCUCACGCGCUACCUGAACUAGCACACUCCUCGUCCCUGCCUGCUUCUAUUGAACGGUCCGACACUCCCAUCGACUCUGACAGCGCAUCUGUCUGGACCAUCGCCUGGAGCAAUGAGAUGCCAGGUCCGGCCACCAGCAAGCGCUGUGGUACGCGAUGGAUUGCGCGUCUGCUCCCUCCUAUAAUGCUGGCACUCGCAGGCUAUGCAACAUAUGAUGUUGUCGUCUAUUGCUGUGUUCAGUACUUUCUUCAGCAGAAGGGCAUGACAGCAACCGCGGUUGUUCUUAUUGUUCUCUACAUCGUCUUCCUCAUACUCAUGGUUGCGGCCUAUAUACGAUGUUACGUAACCAUUCAAUUCAACACUGGCUUCGUGCCAUGGACUGCCGAGAGGGAAGCGGCCGAGGAGGACCGAAACGGGCGAUUGAGCAACGGCGGCGAUGUCGAAUCACUACAGUGGGCCCCUCCCGAUACGAAUCCCGACAGCCCUGGACUCGAGUCCUUCUACAGCAAAGAUAUAUUCAUAUGCGAGAGUGACGGGAUGCCCAAGUGGUGUUCCGAGUGUAGGAGCUGGAAGCCUGACCGAGCUCAUCAUUCGAGCGAGUACGGCCGUUGUGUCUACAAAAUGGACCACGUAUGCCCUUGGAUGGGUGGUAUCAUCUCGGAAACUUCAUUCAACUUCUUUAUCCAAUUCACAUUCUACUGCGCAUGCUUAUGCAUUAUCAUUGUGGCUUCCAACGCUUACGCCGUAAGUCUUCGCUUACAAGCCGCCUCGAGGGUGGAUGCUCGAAUUAUCGUUGGGUUGGUUCUCAGUUCUUUGUUUGGCUUCUUUUCUGUCACUAUGACUAUCACGGCCUUGAGGUUCGCUUUCCAGAAUAUCACAAAUGUCGACCUUUUCAGGAAGAACCAGACCUUCCGGUUAGCAGUGCGAGUCCCCACUGGCACACGAUCAACAGACAAAUUCACCACGAUUACCUAUCCCCUUUCUUUUCCUGGAGAGGAUUCCAGAGCCCCAGGAACAGCCCAUUCUAAUGGCAUCGACCAGUCCGAUGGCGCUGGCUCUAUCGCAACAAAUCGAAUAGCACCUAGAGACCAGCGAGCUAAACGCACAUUCGCUAUUCUACAGACGCAGUCUGGCGAGAACCCUUGGCACAUUGGAUACCUAGAGAACUUCAAGAGUGUCAUGGGGGACUCCGUUCUUGAGUGGCUACUGCCUUUACGACAUUCUCCAUGCACUCGCCAUGAUAGCAUGGUGAGUGAUUACCAAUUUGGCCCUCUUGUGGAGCAAUUGAAGAAACGUUACGGAUUGGUUGAGGGGGAUCCUGAGAAGGUUGCAAACGAGACGACAUCAAGUUAG